UGACUUCCUGUAGUUCAGUUGUAGUAGAAUAGGUAAGAGUUGAAAAUAUGGAAGAGAGCGGAAUUGGAGAGAAUAACAACAAACACUUGGUGGAUAGGUUUUGUGAGUUCACAUCGUCUACAAGAGAAGAGGCUUCUUUCUUCUUGGAGAGCCACAACUGGAAUCUCGACUCCGCACUCUCUACCUUCGUUGAAAAUAACAACCUCAGUUUCAACGACGAAGACGACAACAACAACAUCAACGAUUUGGAUUCUCAUCCUCCUCGUCCGCUUUCAUCUCCGUCUCCGUUGAUCCCAUCUCCGCAAUUUCAAUCGAUCACGGCGGCCAUGUCUUCUCGAGACAAGAAGCCCUCCAAGCCCUCUGCCAGUCGCACCGGAGGCAUCCGUACGCUCUCUGAUCUGAACCGUGCUUCUGGUCCCGGGUCUGACGAUGACUCCGAUGGUCCUCAGGAGUAUUACACUGGUGGCGAAAAGAGUGGUAUGCUGGUUCAAGAUCCGUCUAAGGGUAAUGAUGUUGAUGCAAUAUUCAGUCAAGCUCGGCAGUUGGGAGCUGUAGAAGGACCUCUUGAAAGUCACCAUCCAUCGUCAAGCUCAAGAAGCUUCACUGGAACAGGACGGCUACUGUCUGGGGAAACAGUGGAAACUGCUCCUCAGCCGCCUGAGGCCAUCGUUCACAACAUAGUUUUUUGGACCAAUGGGUUCACUGUGAACGAUGGCCCUUUGAGGAGGUUUGAUGAUCCGGAGAAUGCAUCUUUCUUGAAGAGUAUCAGGAACUCAGAGUGUCCAGAAGAGCUUGAGCCAGCAGAUAGGUCGUCUGCAGUUCAUGUUAAUCUCAUCCGGAGGGAGCAAAAUUGCCCUGAACCAGAGAAGCGCCAAGUUUCAUUUCAGGGUGUGGGGAGAACAUUGGGUAGUAGCACAUCUGCAGCAGCACCAGUGCCACCUCCUCCUCUCAACUCCGCUCCACCCCCAUCCAUGGGCCUGGUUGUAGAUGAAAAUUUGCCAUCGACCUCGAUUCAGCUCAGGUUGGCUGAUGGCACACGUAUGGUUACACGAUUCAACUAUCACCAUACCAUCAGUGAUAUACGUGCCUUCAUUGAUGCAUCAAGACCAGGAGGGGCAGGAACUUAUCAGUUACAGACAGUGGGAUUUCCUCCAAAACAACUUACUAAUGUGACCCAGACAAUAGAGCAGGCAGGGCUUGCUAACUCAGUGGUCAUCCAAAAAUUCUAAGCUAGCUGUCGGAAAGGUAUGACAAUUUUCUGAUCAGAAUUAUGACUUUUAAGACAGAAUCAGUUAUUUUCAUCAUUUGGUGAGAGGGUUGUAAGGAAGACUAAUUUUGAUUACUCAAGAAAUAUCUCCAGCCCAAUAUGUGUUUCAAUACUGCAUAUAUUAAAUACUUCAAAAUUUAACUAUUUUGUCUUUAUUUAGUGGAUGAUUGGACUCUGAGAACACUACAUCGACCAAUAAGAGUGGUUAUUGUUCAUCUA